AUUAAAAGCGGCAGACAUUCGGCCCUCCCAUACGGGUACAUUGACUUUUUCUCGCUCGCAGUCACCAUGCAUCCCUCCGACUUGAUCUUAGCUAAGGUACUCUCUGCUUUGGAGACUACUCCCUAUGCAUGUACAGAUCUCAUCCCGCUCUCCGGUGGCUACGUAAAUUUUGUUUAUCGUGGAAUUCUUGUGUCGCCCCUUGCCACCACUCAGCCAACUACGCGGGUUAUCGUAAAACACGCCGAACCGUAUAUUGCCGCCAAUUCUGACUGGAAGUCAUCAGUGACGCGCAUUCAAUAUGAGGCUCUCAUGCUGAAAGCUAUGGAGGUCCUUCCUCCGGCCAAGGUUCAGAACGUCACUACGACCUCUCCUAUUCUGUAUGAGUAUUAUGCUGCAUCCCACGCCGCGAUUCUUUCAGACCUCCCUAGAUCAUCGCAGCUUCAGGUCUAUCUCAAUACCCCCGAGCUUGACACAAAUGAGGUUUCCAAUGUUGGAGUAUCACUAGGACGAUGGAUGAGUAGGUUCCACGAGUGGGGUGCUAUGCCAGAUCAGGCUUCGCUGCGUCGGGAGAUCAAGGGCAAUCAUGAAAUGGCGGAAAUGAAGUAUAAUAUAACUUACGGCUCUUUAAGGGAGAGUAUUGCAAGGUAUCCGGCCUUAUUUGGAAGCAGCACCCAUGUUUUUGAACGGUUGAUUCAGCGGCUGAAAACAGAGGUUGCGGGCACUGAGGACCAAUUAGUACAUGGUGAUUUUGGCUGUCGCAACGUUCUUAUUUCAGACGGAUCACUCUCGGUUGGACGUCGCACGCUGUCCCUCAGUAUCAUUGACUGGGAGGUUUCUCACCUCGGUUCAGUAGCUAUCGACCUCGGUCAAAUGCUCGCUGAACUUUAUGUCCUCACUCACUUCCAUUCGGUCACUGUGGCAUCCGGAAUGAUUACCCAGUUUAUGGUCGGAUAUGGGAAGCUGAAAGAUGAGCUGGCAUUCCGUGUGGCCCUGGAAUUCGGAGUGAACUUGGUGCUAUGGCCAUGUCGUGAGCCUUCUAUCCGUGAUGAGCCCCUUACCGAAAGAUGUGUCCGUCUGGGUAAGGACAUGAUUGUGCAUGCAGAAGAGAAAGAUAAACCGUGGUUUCGCGAUGGAGUCCUUGACAGCAUAUUUAUUUUCGCAUAGGCCUACACAUUCUGGCGUCUCGGAUGAUCUGUGGGGGCAGAAAGACAUUCCUCAAUAUCGUUUUCUCGUCCUUGUUUACCUUAGGCAGUAGAUAUAAACCCCGUUAAGGCGGUUGGAUAAUGAUAUAGCGCCC